AUGCGCCUUCUCGAAUACGUAAAACCUGGCUCAUCUAGUAGGACCUAUACUUUCAGCCUGAUCGAACGCAACACCCAAGACUUACCUCAGUACGCGAUCCUGUCUCACCGAUGGGGAGCCGAUGAAGUCACGUUUAAGGAUGUUCAUGAUGGUACGAUCGACAAGAAAGAAGGUGGCUAUAAGAAGCUGCAGUUCUGCGCGGCACGAGCCGAGCGCGAUGGCCUACUCUACUUCUGGGUCGAUACGUGCUGCAUUGAUAAAAGCAGUAGCGCCGAGCUGUCAGAGGCUAUCAACUCGAUGUACAAGUGGUAUCAGAAAGCGGCUAAGUGCUACGUCUACCUGCCUGAUGUCUCAGCUGGGCGAAAGUGGAAGGGGAAUUUCUCGGCCAGUGACUGGUUUAGAAGAGGCUGGACACUACAAGAGCUGGUCGCGCCGCAGAUGGUCGAGUUCUUCUCCAAAGAAGGCACAAAGCUAGGUGACAAGAAGUCGCUGGUGCGACAGUUACAACAAGUUACCAGCAUACCGAUAGAAGCCUUACAAGGUAAACCGCUUACCGAGAUCACUGAGCAGGAACGUUUCUCGUGGGCCAAACAUCGCGAAACAACGGUUGACGAAGACGUGGUGUACUGUCUGCUGGGCAUUUUCAAUGUUCAUAUGCCCCUUAUCUACGGUGAAGGGCGGCAGAAGGCACUGAUGCGGCUGCACAGGGAGAUCAGACUUUUAGCUGAUUCUGACCUGCGCGGCUCAUUCGACUCGUUGACCAUAAAUCCGUCAGGUCCUCUCUUCAGUGCAGCGCGUUUGCCACAAGACAGGGGACUGGAAACGACAAAGUUUCUUGCUUCGGAAACAUCAGAGUCUGUAGCUAAUAGUGGUGAGCUUCGCCCUGGGAAUACAGGCCAACGUCGCGAGACCGCCGCUACUCCAGACACGUUUCUCGCACAACAAUCGCCUGCGGUCAGUCCUUGUCUUUCUGACUGUCCGAAUACCGCCAGUAUACCUUUCUCUGCUGUUAUCGGCAAAGAGAUCGACGGACAGACCCUUGCUUAUCAGACAAUUACAUUCCAAGCCCUGUACCACGAAUACUCCCUAGAAGAGAUACGCCUUGCUGACUCAGUCCAACAGUCGCGCACGAAAGACUCGAACCUCGCUGGGUGUCCAGGUACCGGCAUCGUACCAUUCUUUGCUCUUACGGAGAGAGACACUAAUGGACAGACUCUUGCUUAUCAGACAAUCACUCUCCACGCACCAUAUCAGAAAUACUCGCUAGAUGAACUGCGACUUGCCGAUUCAAGAGCAUUAUUCUCGAUUCGGCAGAUGAAGAAAACCUCGGAAGCAUAA